CACUUCACAGCAUUCGGAUUUCGGCACCAAUUCGGCAUAGUCGUGCUGCGACCAUCAUGGAACGCAGUUGAGUCGCCGCGAAUUGUGCGUGUGGCGUUAACAGUACCGCAAGUUAAUUGUAAAUAAAAAAUCAUAUUUAACUAUAAUUUUAUUUAUGGACUGUACAUAAAAGUGUAUUUUGUUUACAUCAAUAAAAUUUAUAAUACCGCGAACAUGGCUGUGAACGAGUGUUGUAGUGUAAAACUGUCGCCUAACAAAAAAUCGAUUUUCGGAUCGAGAAUGAGUAGCCAAAUAUUGUAUUUAUUGGUGGCUACGAGUUUGUUGGCGGUAACGGCGGCUGCCGACGCCGAAGUAUCUUGUGCAAAUGUGAAAAGCUUGUUUGAAAAGAAAGGAAUGUUGUUGAUGGUGGACCUGCAGGCGGAACCAAACUCAGAUGCAGAUCAGCUGUGCGCAAAGCCGGGGUGUUGCGGCGCGAACGCGCGCUCACGGCUCAUCCCGCAAGCAAAGACUCAACUCGAGCUGUCGCUGCGCACCGAGCUCACCAAGCUGGCCGACAUGCUCGCCAACAGGGCCAAUAAGUUUGACGAGUUCUUCCGCAAACUGUUGAAGCUGUCCCGCGAGGAGUUUCACGCGAUGUUCAAGAGAACUUACGGCAUGAUUUACGAACAACACUCUUAUGUCUUCGAAAAACUGUUCGAAGAGUUAGAAAGGUACUACACGCACGGCAACACAAACUUUGAUGCGAUGAUGGACUCCUUCUUCGCGAUACUGUACAAGAAGAUGUUCACCGUACUCAACUCGCAGUACAGUUUCGAUGAGAAGUACUUAAAAUGCGUAAACGAGCAUAUGCGCGACAUCCAGCCGUUUGAAGACGUGCCCAACAAGCUGUCGGUGCAGUUACGGCGCGCUGUGGUCGCCACGCGCACCUUCCACAAGGCGCUGCGAGCCGGCGCCGACGUCGUCAGAGAGAUGAUCAAGGUGGGCGUGAGCCAGGAGUGCGUGACGUCAUGGGCGCGGCUGCGGUACUGCGGCGCGUGCGGCGGCAGCGACCGGCCCGCGUGCUCGCGCUACUGCCACAACGUCAUCCGCGGCUGUCUGCCCGCGCACGCCGAUCUCGGAGAACAUUGGGAUGCGUAUGUCGACGCCGUAGAUAAAGUGGCCGACCGUCUCCUCGGCCCGUUCAACAUAGCUAUGGUCGUCGAACCGAUAGAUAUCAAGAUUUCAGAAGCCAUCAUGAGCUUCCAGGAGCACAACCAGGAAAUAUCCCAGAGGAUAUUCACCGGCUGUGGGAAACCGGUGUUGGGCGGCGGAGGGGGUGCAGGACCCUUCUUCGCUCCCGACAGGACGAGGAGAUCCCCUCGAUCUAUUCCAGAUUUCGACUGGAAUCAGAAAGCGAAUGAAGACGCAGACUUCGAAGUGGAGACUACGUUUGAGAGCCUAAUGAACGGUGACCCUCAGCUACUCAGUCUCGGCACUCCUGAAGAGAUAAAGAAAGCGGCGGCUGAAAUGGCUGAGCAGGCUAAGUUGAGGGAAAAGUUCCUCGAUUAUAUGAGAGGACAUAUAGCUUUGGAGGAAUAUGAGAAGCAUGAGAGGAGCAAGCGCGACGCGGACCCUGAACCCGCGCCCGCCGGGGAGGUCGACAUCAACUUCAAAUCCUACGAGUUUGAUAAGAAGAACCAGAAGAAGAAGAAACCGGCUGCCAAGAGUGACGAUAGUCACGGUUCAGAGUGGGGCGGCCCCGCAUUAGAGAAGUUGGUGCGCGAGACUCGCAUCCGCGUGCGCAACACGCGGCGCUACUGGAACCACCUGCCCGCGCUGCUGUGCACCGCCGCCAGCCAGCCCAACGCGCCCUGCUUCAACGGCACCGAAGUCGCCAGUUAUACACUAAACGCAGCUGGCGAGGGUACGGCCGGGCUGGCUUCGAACCCGGAGGUGCGCGGCGUCGUGGUGCCUGCAGCGGUUACCAUAGCAACAGCACAGACCGACACCCUGAAAACACUUACGGCAAGACUGAAGGACGCGUUCAACGGAGUCGAGGUGGAAUGGACGGGCUCUGGUUAUAGUGAUCUUCAGCCGAGCGGCUCGGCGUCACAGGAUGAUAUAGAGGGCGCGGAGUCGGGCUCCGGCUCGGGAGACUUCGGCACCGACCCCGACAUCGGACCGCCGGACGACGAGGACAGCGACAACGACGACUAUGAUACAGGUUCAGGCGCCCUCCCGCCCGAGGACAACAUCCCGACGGAUAUCGACACAGACCAGCCGCCACAGACAGUUCCCACUCCAAUCACGCCCGAGGUGCCACGCAUUCUGGAUCCCCUCGGCACCCCGAACGUGCGCCAAAACGUAAAUGUGCCACUACCAGACACACCAGACCUCUCUGGCGUGCCAGAAGUGCCAGACACGAGCGACAUCAUCCCGCAGGUGGAGGACACGAGUGUCCGGACCCUCCCCGAGCCGCCGCAGGAGCCGGUGGCGGACGCGGCGGACAGACCGUCGCUACAGAAGGCGCUGUUUACGUACGCCCUGCCUGUUGUCUGCGCGUGGUUCGGAACGAUAGUUACUGACUUGUUUUAAAAUGGCACAGUGUGAUUUUACGGUGUGGUGGGUGUAAAAAUGACUGUAAUUAAAUAAUUUCAUAUUUAUAUUUCGUCUGUGUACAGUCGAAUUGCACGUGAAAUGAAUAUAAAAUAUGACGUAAAAAUACGUCACAAUUUUAUGGCGGAAUGAUUAUCAUAACUUAUUUUCGUAAAUAAAACCCUACCAACACUAUAAAGUCAUGCAAUAAUGCCAAAAAAUAGGAAGCGUUUUUGUAAAUAGCCUAGUCAGUGCGAGUGGCGGUCGUGGAUCGAACGUGUUAUAGCGUAUGCGCUACUGUGAUAUAUUGUGGACUCAACGCACGGAAAAUUCGAACUAUGAACUAAAAACACUACACAGCAAAUUGUGUAAGUUUUAUUUAUUUUAUAAAUUCAGUUCUCUAACAUUUCGGAAAUAGUGAACGACAAUAACGUUUCAUUUCAUUUUGGCGACAUAAUUCGAUAUAGAUAAAAGAAAAAUCAGCCAAAUUAUGUAUUUAUUGAAAUGAUCUUUUUUAUUGUAAAUAACCUGUAAAUUAUAAUUACUUAGAUAGUAAAUGUAUGUUUUUAUCAUUUUAACUAGUAUGGUCGGACGUGUGGUCCCGUGGCUUUGCGCCUGUGUUUUUUAAUCGAAACUUAUUUUUAAGUUAUAAAUACAUUUGACGUUACAUUGCGUCACGAUUCGAAUUAUUAUACUUCAAUACGUAAUAUCGUUUUAGAAGUUAUUUGUAUAGUCAAUGUUAAAUGUACUAAAAGCUAUAUUAUCACUGACUAAAGUCAGAUUUUUAUUAUCGCAAUGAAUUACAGCAUUUUUUACAAAGCGCACAAGCAUGAAACGUGUAAAUAUUCGACGCGGUUACACGUCAUGUCGAAAUUAUAAAGUGUUUAAAAAUGUAAAUAUAUCAUCUUAGUCAUAGUAUCUAAAAGUAAGUUAAGAGACUGAUUUGCUUUGGAUUAUUUUUUAACUUUAUAAAUAGAGACUAGACGGAGAAUAAUUUUUGUUUUAAGCUUGUAAACAUCCUUAAUAUUCUAAAUUAAGUUUCAAUAAGAUACCUGUGUGUAACAAGUGUAUUUCAAUUGUUAUCAAUGUAAAAAUGUAUAUCAAACAAUAUAAUUACAUUAGGUAACAUGAUUCACUCACACUAAUUCUCUGUCUGGCCUUUAAGUAUAAAAAAACAUUCGGAUUUAAAUUUCGCGUAUCGACAGAUGAAGAGAGGUAACAUCCUUUUCCACUGCCAUGAGAGCGAGACAGAACAUUCUCCGUCCCUUUCUCUGUCGAUACACAUUUUUUUUGUUCGAUAUGACAUUUUAUUUAUCGAUUUGGCUUCAGCUUUACUUUGCUUAGUUGUAUUUCAAUGUAUUUUGUCGCGAAUGUGUGUAGAGGAUUUUAUUGUAUGGAAAGUGAAAAUGGAAGGAUUUACGUAAACUGCAGUAAGUAAAGCAAUUAAAAAUAUCGGCUUUCCUCUCGUCACAUACCCGUUUCGCCAAUGUAUUUAAAAAGCGAAAAAUGUGCAAACAAAUUUCGACCUUAUUCCAGUUUACGUAGAAUCUACAGUUAUUAAAGUGUGUAUUCUAAAUGUUAUUGUAUAGAUCGUGUCGCAGUUAUUUGGAAAAUUUUAUCCUCACAUUCAAAGAGCUUUGUCAACAUCAGUCGAGCAUUAAUGGUUUGAAUUUUUUAAAUGGUUGCGAUAUGUAUUACGCACAAUGUUACGAUAGCUUUUUAUACCAAACUAUAGUUUUGAAAUGGCCAGAGAUGUAGCCUCAGAGUAUUUUGUCUACGAUAAAAAAAACAGUUAUAGUCGGUCGAUUUAAAAUAUCAGGGAUUAACGCUUCACUCCAUUAUUUCUGCGGUCACAAUAUGCUAAUGAUUUAAAAAUGUGUUGAAACAAGUAGAAUUACUGGGCAUUAUAUGAUUCAGAGUGACAGUAGUGCAGCAUUUUGAUUGUGCAGCAUAUUACAAUUUCUAUGUUUAGCAGCCUGCUAAACCCAGUUUAGUCACAUAAAAAUGCCCUAUAAAUAUUUCUUAUACCUUUCCAUGGUUGCUAUAAAUAAUUUUAUACUUAUUUAAAUUAUCUCAUCACUUAGAUAAUGUAGGAAAUUAUUAUUGUGAAUACUUCGUAGAAAAUAUUGGUUCAGCAAGAUUUACUUUUCAAAUUAUACAAGCUGGUCAAGGAAAUGGCCUGAAUUGGCACAUUAUUUUCUCUUACAUAUCCAGAGACACAGUUGUAAAUAGAAAUAUUGCUAUUCUGGUUGUAUAUCAUCUAUGGCCAUUUGUCAAAAUGCGCGCCUAAUGCAUAGAUAAUAAACGCAACGGAAUGUGAACGAAUGUAUGAUGUUUAAAUUGUUUGAAAAUAUUAUUUAAAGCAAUAUAAAAUUCAUACAUUUCGUACUUAUUUAUAGUAAAAUAUAUUCGAAGAUUUCUUGACAUCGUUACUGGUACUUAACCAUAGAUUGUUUCCAGUAGAUACUGCAUUAUAAAUAAAAGAUUCUAGGCAGUAUACAUAGAAAAGCACAUGUUGACGCGCAAGCGAUGUAGCUCACCUUUUCACGCGGCCAUUACAACUUUUUGUGGCACUCAUCUAACAUUUAAUAAUCUGCUUUAUAAGCAGCUGUUCAGCGUUUUACUUCGUCGCUUUCACCCCAACACAUGCCAAACCAUUCAUCGCAAAAGUUAGAUGCACUGCAACACGGCUUUAUCUCCGCGUUCAAUUAAUUUUAAAAAUAAUAUGGUAUCUACUGAAAAUUGUCUAUGUACUUAAUAUACCAAACUUAUCAUAAAAUACUGGGACCAAAUAUCGCUGUAUGUGCCAUCUAUGUGAAGCUUGCGAUCGCACGGGAGGCGAGUCGGUCCAACGCUUUGCUGUAUCUGUAACGUGUCGAGUGAAUGAGUGAAUGAAUUUUGUAUCUGUAAAUAAUCGGUUUAGUAUGUUACUUAAUGAUCUUGAACUAAGUUCUGUUAGCGGGCGGUUGCGUUGGUGUUAAAUGUUCAACUGUCUCCUCAAUUCUGGAUCUCAAUGAUACACCGAAGCAGUGCGACGUCCCAUAAAGGUCGAUGUUGCAUCUCGCAACUUUCGUCUAUUAUCCAUAAAUUAAGCCUUUAAAUUAAGGGACGCUUGGUAAAAAUGGAUACAGAUUGGGCCUGUUAAAGCUAUUUGUUUAAUUCGUUUUGCGUAACAGCUUUAACGCGCCAAACGAAAAUAGCUUUCAAAUUAUAAAUAUAUGUUUUUAUUAGCCUAAGUCGAAGUACAAUUUCUAGAUUUCACCUAUCGUUUUCCAUGUUUUUAACAGUAUAUGAAAUUAAAGCCUAACAAUUUAUUUAACAUGAACCUUAAUCCAAUCGCAAUAGGAUGCACAUCAGCACCGCCCGUCUAUAAAGUUUGCUAGAAUGUCGUAGUUGAACGCCAUCGUGCAACAGGGUACCGAUUAUGAACUACUGACAAAAAUGUAUAUCAAAUAUGUUUGAAUUGUUGCAAUAAAUACAGCGUGUAUACAUUUAUCGGUACGUAUGUAUAGUCUAUUGAAAA